AUUUAGGUUUCAAUGAUUAGUUUUGUUAAAUAGAUAAAUAUUUUACAAUGAAUUUUGAUUCAAUUUUAAUAUUUCUAAUUUUUACAACUUACAGAUCAUUUUGUUGGAAGUUAUCAAACAACGAUUUUGAAUGUCCAUUCUGUAGUAUUAAAGAAUCUAGCGCUUGUCAUUUGAUUUCACAUAUCAACAAUGAGCACACAGAAAAUGAAAUUACCAUAUGUCCCGAAUGUUAUAAAGAAUUUCAAUAUGGUAGUAUACUCGAAGUACAUAUACACCUAAAUCAUGCAGAAAAAAAUACUUUACAAUCGGUAAAUGAACCUGAUUUUUUAUAUGCAAAACAAUUACAGCAACAGUUUGAUAAAGAAGCGUUUGAACAAGAGGAUAAUGAGAGACAACGAAAAUUCAAAGAGAAAUUUUUGGAACCACCUACAGUGAAAAAUAUAACUGAACACAUCCGUCGCUUAAGUGAGAAUUCCCCUGAAGUACGUGCUGUCUAUUUAGCAUCUCCAACAGAUUACUAUAUGUCUGCUAGAGCUGAUUUGAGAUACGGCUGUGUUUUUAGAUCGUUACAGAUGUUGUUAUCUAGUGUUAUUCUAAAUGCAGAUUAUCAAAAUCAUAUCGUUAACAUGUGGAUAGAAAAUUGUAAUACAAUAAUUUCUCGUUCCAGAAUGCCAAAUGUGUCAUUUCUGGAGUAUCAUUUAGAAGAAAGUUGGAAUAAGGGUAUUCACAAUUGGCGUAAAGGACAAUUGUAUAGUAGAAGUAACUUUCCUACCAAACAAGGUUGUGUGGAAGCUGAUAUGGAUGCAAUAUUUUUAGGAAUGCGAAUUAAGUCUGAGUAUAUAAUUUUCCAAGGAGGCUAUUACAGAAAUCGCCUUGAUGAUAUGUUAAACUGGUUACGUGAUUACUUUAGAAAUGAAAAUGGCAAAGAAUAUUUACCGCCGAUAACGCUACUAUAUCCAUGGCACGCAGUUGUAAUAGUUGGUGUAGAAAUUCGAACAGAUAAUAGCGUAAUACCGUUAAUAGUGUGCCCCAAUCACAAUUAUAAUGAAAUAACAACUCAAUAUGGAAUGAAUGCAUUAAAUUUGAUACGAUUACCAUACUUUAUACGAAAUCACUUUUUUUAUAAGCUUUGUAUAAUCACCGGAAUUAUAGCUACUGAUGCAGAAUAUGAAAUGUUCAAAAGGACGAACUUUUAUUAUUCACAUCGUUAUACAAGAUUGUGACUAAAAAAUACAGACUGUGAAGCAUAACAAAGUUGUUUUAGUUAUUAU